AUGAUAACGAAGGCAGUAGAAGCUAGUGGAACAGUUACUAUUACAACUGUAACCCAGCAACUAUUUCGAACAAAGAUGGAUUUUAAUGAAUGUUUCAUUCAUCCAAAGUCAUUCUCCUUAGACCCUAACAUUUAUACAGAACUUGUAGAACAUUAUACAAACGAGGCUUUAUGUUUUCCUGUUAAAGUUAUGGAUUGGAUUCCUAUGGACGGUUCAUUCUCAAAGAAUACAGAUAGUUCAAGUGCAACAUUUACAGCAGCUUAUACGCCUAUUAAUGUUAAAAGUAUUUGGGCACUAUUUAGAAAGAAAGACAACUAUUAUGUUAAUUUUGAGAACCCUAAGUUUAAAUAUCUUCAGCUUUCCAUGGGAGCUUAUGGAAAUAUGCCUGCAGAACCUGAAAAAUCAUAUGGACCUGUAUUUUAUGAAAUGGUUGCGAACGCUUGCAAUACAAACAAUGAUAUGAUAGGAUUUAAUGAAGAUGUUAUGAGGUCAUUGGUGGAUGAUGGUAGUGUGGAACAUAAAUGGGAUAGCUAUGACAACACACAUUUCUUAUGUGGUUUUCCAACAGAAGUGGACUUUUGCUUCCAGCAAGAUCAAACAUCUACUGCUCCAAUAACAUACAAAUUGUCUGUUAAAGGACCUAUUGAACUAGCAACUGAAAACGUACCAAAGCCACUUAUUGGAUUUAUGAGGGAUUGUUGCUUUGCCAUUCAGGUGCGUGCUAAUGGAAUCCCAAUAAUAAGAUUAGAUGACUAUAACUUAGCUACGGACGACAGUGAGGAAUAA